GGUCACACUGGUGAACAUUGUGAGUGGCUUCGAAGAAUUUUUUCCAAAUCCAAAAUUGUUUAAGAUUUAACGAAAUUUGGUUGCCCAGAAAGUUGAUUGAGUUGAGUUGAUUUGCACAAGUUCGAAAAAAAAUAAUUUGUAAGCAAAUAAUCGUCAACGUUGCGGUUUUUUGCUUUGUCUUCUUCCCCCAACUUCUACGCUGCACAAAUAAUUUCGGUGGCGUGUGUACUCCCUACUCCCCCCUCCGGAAAGCCGACAAAAAGUGUCAAGUGCAACUCUAUAAAUAAAUUGCCAACGCAAUAAGUUAACAACAAAUCCGAAGCAUCAACAUGAGCUGGCAAGAUUAUGUGGACAACCAACUGCUCGCCUCGCAGUGCGUGACCAAGGCGUGCAUUGCCGGACACGAUGGCAACAUCUGGGCGCAGUCUGCUGGCUUUGAGAUUACAAAGGAGGAACUGGCCAAAUUGAUUAGCGGCUUCGACCAGCAGGAUAUCCUUACCAGCAACGGUGUUACAUUAGCCGGCCAACGGUACAUUUACCUCUCAGGCACAGAUCGUGUGGUGCGCGCCAAGCUUGGGCGAAGUGGAGUCCACUGCAUGAAGACAACACAAGCCGUCAUCGUUUCCAUCUACGAGGAUCCCGUACAGCCCCAGCAGGCCGCUUCCGUUGUAGAGAAACUCGGAGACUAUCUGAUUACUUGCGGGUACUAGAUAGGAGGGAGAAUAGAUCAACAACACAAACAACCACAACACCCCCAAAACAAAACAAAACAAAACAAAACAAAACAAACUACACCUCCAUCAAAAACAUAAGAAAAACACCCCAGCAACAACCAGGAAACAGCAACAACAGCAGCAGCAACAGCAGCAACUUUGAUAUGAAGAUGGAGAGAGGAAAAUGCUAAUAAGAAAAAAGAAAAAAAAAAAUGGAAGUAAUUAUUAAUAUUUAAAAUAUGAAUUAAAUUCCCCCCCACUAAACGGCCUACGAGAGGAUACAAGGCCCUCAAAUUCUGUUCUGAAAACGCAAAUCAAUUACCCGCAAAAAACAACAACAACAAUAAACUACAACAAAAAAAAUUAUAAAUUUCUCUGCAUUAUUAUGAUUAAAGAAAACUUUUGGUUUAUACGAUAAAAUAAAAUAUAAAACAAAAAACAUUAAGAAUUCCAGUCCUCAUCUAAAAUCCGAAAACUUUGGAACAAACGUAGAAUUGUAAAACAGAAAAGAAAGAAAGAACGAACGCAAAGCAACGCAACGCAAAAGCAAACAAAAAACAACAAUUUUUGAAACAUUUUUUGUAUAGCAAUAUAUACACCCAGUGGUAUAUAUAUAUAUAUAUGCAAUGAUAUAUAUAUAUAUAUAUCUGUACACAGCCAGAAAUGAAGAAUAAAAAGAGAGUGAGUGAGUGAGAGAAGAUAUCGGAGAAGAGAGAGACUUCUGAGGGUAGGCAGAGAAGAGCAGAGAGAACUCACGAGCAAAAACGAAAUAAUCGAAAGUAAAUAUAUAUCUAUAUAUAUAUUUAUAUAUGUAAACUAUUUGGAGAUCCAUGCAGAUGCUCUAUUUAUACAUGUGUGUGCGUGUGUAGUGUGGUAUGCACGUGUGUGCGGUGUGUGAACACUUUUUAUACGAUUGCGAAACUUACAUAAAAUAAAGAAUCUAGAUUCUGUUUUCUCAAUUCCAAAUCCCCCAAACCACGCCAUUUUGCCAUAAGAAAUGUCUAUGUAUAGGGUAUAGGAUCUUGAUCAUAAUCACACAUUCGCUCGCUCUCUCUCCAUCUCUUUUUCUAUACAUCUCUUCUUUUUUUUUGUGCGCAUUGCUUUUCAUGUUUCGAAAAUCCUAUCAUACUACAUCAUACAUAACAUACAAAAAAAACCUUAUAUGUAGACCGUUAAGUGCAGUGUGCAGCCCUGGGGUAUGCGUUGCCCAACACUGAACCGGAGGAACAUUCAUUGCUGAAAGUGCACCACUGAGGAAGAACAGAAUUCGGCAGUUAAAUCGCCAUUUAAACUCUCUUACCAUACGAAUAACGUAACAAACAAUGCAUGUG